UAAACUUACACUCUCAUUUUUUUCCAUCUCUGCUAUGCUUGCUUCCACCAUAAUAAUAAUAACCACCUUCUCUUUCUCUUUUAUCUCUCUUUUCUCUUCCGAAAAGAAAGCAAAUGAAUCGGCUUGCACCAUUGUCAGAAGAACCCAUAAGAGAAGAUGAAGAAAGCACAAGCUCUUCAAAGAAAGGUCAGUCAUGGAAGAACUGGCUCAAGACUCAUUUUUCUCUUGUCUUCAACAAAAAAUCUGACCUCAAGAUCCUUUUAAGUGUUCUUGGAUGCCCACUUUUCCCUGUUUCUGUCCAUCCCAAACUACCCAUCAAUGAGGUAUCAUCUUCAGCUCAAUACAUCAUACAGCACUUCACUGCUGCCACCGGUUGCCGGAAACUGGAAGGGGGGGUGAAAAAUAUUUUUACCACUGGAAAAGUGUCAAUGGCUAUGGUGGAUGAGCUAGGUGGCUCACCCGGGUUGGCGGCCGGAUCCACCGGGGAGGCGCAAAAGGGGUGCUUUGUUAUGUGGCAAAUGGUCCCUAAUAAAUGGCUAAUUGAGCUAGUUGUGAAUGGCCAGAAGGUCGUAGCUGGUAGUGAUGGCAAUGUGGCUUGGCGUCAUACACCGUGGCUCGGGGCACACGCGGCUAAAGGCGGCGUCCGGCCUCUCCGCCGAGCUCUUCAGGGACUAGAUCCUAUGACAAUAUCAGGUGUAUUUUCUCAAGCACAAUACAUGGGAGAGAAGUGCAUGUCAGGAACGGAUUGUUUUAUACUGAAAUUGUCUGCUGAUCAAGCAGACUUAGCCGAUAGAAGUGAUACCACAGCAGAAAUGAUCAAGCAUGUAAUAUUCGGCUACUUUAGUCAGAGAAGUGGCCUGCUAGUGUACCUAGAGGACUCGUAUUUAACCAGAAUUCAAACUCCAGGAACUUAUCCGACAUACUGGGAAACCACCAUCGCCACCAGAAUCGAGGACUACCGGACGGUAGAGGGCGUGAUGAUUGCACACAGUGGCCAAUCUAGUGUAAUGAUCACAAGAUUUGGAGACAACCUGAAGGCAGGGCUUUCGAUUACCCGGAUGGAGGAGACCUGGGCCAUCGAUGAUUUCGCAUUCAAUGUAGCAGGAUUGUCCAUGGAUUGCUUCAUUCCUCCCAGAGAAGUACAGAAAGAUAAUUCACAGGAGGACCUUGAUUGGAGGUCAACAUUGCACUGAUGAUGAUAAAUGAUGAUAAAUGGUCACGGUUUUUAGGUGGUCAGGAAAAUACUAAACUCAAACUACCUGAGUAAGUUUGCUAUAUAUACAUAUAUAUAUAUAUAUAUAUAUAUAUAUAUAUAUAUAUAUAUAUAUAUAUAUAUUGUUAACUUCAACAGACAAGGUUAUAUUUAGUUGAAAUGUUCAUUUUCAUUAAUAUGUGUGUACAUAAUAUAGACAAGUUUAUAAGUAAGUGUAACAUAUACUUUUUGGGUUCCUUUUGUUCUCUUUUCUUUUUCCUUUAAGAACACUUAUGUAACAAAUUAUUAUACUUUUGUAAGCAAUGUUUUUGGCUUGACUAA